GAUCAUUCUUGACGCUGGACAUCCAAAGUGGAAGUCAGAAGUUGCCUUACUACAUCGAUGUCCGGCCUGUGAGAGUCUACGGAAAGGCCGUUGCAGUAGAUGCUGGCGAAUGGAUACCACCCAAAUCCAAGGUGAAGGACCUGUCCCAAGAUCCUGUGGUGACCUUGCAACUGACGGCGUCUGCCCUGAAUGCUACGGAAACCACAGCUGGCUUCUCAGCCAAUCAAUGGGCAUUCGGCUCAGAGUACUGCGUAACGGAUGAGGACAUCAGGACCUACGAGACGGUUGAGCCUCGCAUCGAGUUCACGAAGCUCAUCACGGCGCGGCUCAAGGCCGAGGAGAUUGCCAAGGCAAGUCGGGGCAAGCGAGUCCUGUCCAGGCUCGCAAACACAACCGUGAGGCAGCCCUUGCGGACCUACAACCCCAUGGACUUGGUGAAGGUUUGGCGGAAGGUCUGGCCACAGGAACAACACAAGGGGCCACGCGGUGGCUUCAAGAAGUCAGGAAGGCCACAUUGGAUUGGACCCGGCAGAGUGGUGUUUCAUGAAGUUCUACCACACCAGGAGGCGGAUGAUGACCGCCGCCACAUCGUGUGGGUAUUGGUUGGCAGCCAGCUGCUACGUUGCUCAGUGCAUUCUGUCAGGCCAGUGACAGAGACGGAACGGUUUGAGUUUGAGACCAGCAAGACCGAGGACCCUACGAAGUGGAAGACGCUGGCCGACAUA